AUGCCACAAGGGCUCUUCCUAGCCUUCCUUAGGCCACGGAAGUAGCCUCGGCGUUCUUCUGCCUCCACCCUGAUCCCACUUUCCUGUAUGUGGUGGCCUUUCUGUCCCCAGCGCUGCCAGGUCUUGCAGGGAGAAGGGGCAAAUUUUUAGAGCUGUCGCUUCUCCUUUAAGAAAAAAAGCCGCGUCGGCUGCCGGAUGAAAGUCUCUGAAAAAAUGGCGGCGGUAGAACAGAGGCGGGGUCGUGAGGGCAAGGAGGACCCGCCUCUUCGGCGCGUGCGCAUGGUUAACUUGCCCAAAAGCAUUCUGGGAGAUGAAGUCUCAUUUCUCUUAAUGCUUUAGGGAAAAAGAUAGGAAACCAGAGGAGAAGAGGAUGCCGGGGAGUUUCUGACUGACGCACGGUGGGGAAGGUAGUUUAGUAUUUACACAGACCAGGCUUACUUUUCCAGGGAGGCAGUAUUUCCGGGUUAGGUGCGACGCCUGCGCAGAUCUGGUGUAAAUGUUCGGCCAGUUACUGGAGGAUUUCUUGGGAAGGUUUUCACGACUUUUUUGCUUGGCGUUGGCGAAGCAUUACUGGGGUUGUCACGUAACAGCCCUUGGUUUUGGAUAGGUGGCACCUUAUCUGGGACCAGCUAACGUUCAUGUAUGCAAUAUUCGUCUCGUCAUCCUGCGUCUGACCCACUAAACUGAGCCCCCAAAGGUCAGGGACCGAAUCUGGUUCCGUUGGGUCGCCGGGGGCGUAGCACAAUUCUCACCUCUUAUUUGAUUGUUAAUCAAAGUUUGUGGAAAGACUUGUGGAGUUGGUUUCCGGUAGACAUUGUGGAGACCAAGGAGCUGGCGUCGGCUUCUUAACUUGGCUGCGGUCCUUGGCCUGGAGGGAAGUUAGCAUGACUAGAGUCACCAACCCGAAGAGACUGAAGAUCUCCCUCACGCUUCCCGCUCCGAAGCCACCUGCUUCUGCGGUUUUCAAAUGUUUCUGCUGCACAGGAAACAGAUUAGCAGCUUUGUCAGAAUUUGUGGCCACUAGGCACACGCCAAGGCGGCACCUCACAACCUCUGUGGCACGAGAGCAUCUUGGGUGUGUGACAAUGGAAGAGUUGGAUGCUUUAUUGGAGGAACUGGAACGCUCCACCCUCCAGGACAGUGAUGAAUACUCCAGCCUGGCUCCUCUUCCCGUGGAUCAGCAUUCCAAAAAGGAGAGUGACCGUGCUGAGACCUCAGAGAUCCUUUCUGUUCAGGAUGGCACAAGUUCUUUGCCGGUGCAGCUCGUGUAUACUACCAGUAUCCAGGAACCCAAUGUCUACAGUGAGAUUCAAGAGCGGAAGGAAUCACCACCACCUCCUAAAACCUCAGCAGCCACUCAGUUGGAUGAGCUCAUGGCCCACCUGUGUGAAAUGCAGGCCAAGGUUGCAGUGAAAGCAGAUGACAGCAAGAAGCACUUACCAGACAAGCAGGAUCACAAGGCCUCCCUGGACUCGAUGCUAGGGGGUUUGGAGCAGGAAUUGCAGGACCUUGGAAUUGCCACAGUGCCCAAGGGCCAUUGUGCUUCCUGCCGGAAGCCGAUUGCUGGAAAGGUCAUCCAUGCCCUAGGGCAAGCAUGGCAUCCAGAGCACUUCGUCUGUAGUCACUGCAAAGAAGAGAUUGGCUCCAGUCCCUUCUUUGAGCGGAGUGGUUUGGCCUACUGUUCCGAGGACUACCACCAUCUUUUCUCUCCACGCUGUGCUUACUGUGCCGCACCCAUCCUGGAUAAAGUGCUGACGGCGAUGAACCAAACCUGGCACCCAGAGCAUUUUUUCUGCUCUCACUGUGGAGAGGUGUUUGGUGCAGAAGGCUUUCACGAGAAGGACAAGAAGCCAUAUUGCCGAAAAGAUUUCUUAGCCAUGUUCUCACCCAAGUGUGGUGGCUGCAACCGCCCAGUGUUGGAGAACUACCUUUCAGCCAUGGACGCUGUCUGGCACCCAGAGUGCUUUGUUUGUGGGGACUGCUUCAGCAGUUUCUCUACUGGCUCCUUCUUUGAACUGGACGGACGUCCGUUCUGUGAGCUCCAUUACCAUCACCGCCGAGGCACCCUCUGCUAUGGAUGUGGACAGCCCAUCACUGGCCGCUGCAUCAGUGCCAUGGGCCACAAGUUCCACCCUGAGCACUUCGUAUGUGCCUUCUGCCUGACACAGUUGUCAAAGGGAAUCUUCAAGGAACAGAAUGACAAGACCUAUUGUCAACCCUGCUUCAAUAAGCUCUUCCCACUGUAAUCUCAGCUGAACCCACUGCCUCUUCAGAACCCCUCUGAAAUUUAAACCAAGAGAGAAAAGAGUACAUUCGUUGCUACUGACUUCUGCUCACUAGGCUCACAGAGAAAGUAAAGUGGGUGAACAAAUGAGGAAUCUUCUAUCUGUGAGGUGACCAGGCUCGUAAUCUUAAUUUUUAGAGUUCUGGUCUUAUUUCUUUUCCUGAUUGGGUACUUGGGUUUAGACGUGGGUCCUGCGUCUAGCGCCUCUGCAGCUGUGUUUCCCACACGUAGAUGUUCAUUUCACAGCUGGUUUCCUCAGACUCCUUUGUUCCACCCCUUCGAUGGCUCUCAUAAUGAGGCUUUUCCAAGCUUCCUAUAUUUCCCUGUGACUCAGUUUCCCACAACCACUGCUGUGGACUUUAUCCUAGCUGUCAGGAAUCUGGGGACCACCCUUAAGCUCCUUGCAUCUCCCUUCAGUAUAUUUCUCUUUUUCGAGAGGAAGUCAGUUUUACCUGGACAGCUUAGGGUGCUGACAACAUUGAUUAAUAAAGUGGCUUGUGUUUUAAUGCUUCGAUGUCACAUUAGUUUGGUAGAUAAACUUUCUGCUUCUCAUGUUAAUAUACUAGGCACUAUUCACAAUUAAAUUUGUACCGUACCUUUUGUUUGAAUUCCAUACAAAAAGCUCUUUUUUAAUCAAAAUAAAUUAAAAGGAGGGAUUCUUGUUCACUAACUUUUCUAUUAAUUUGGGCCCAUAAUAUUCAUUUUGUUUUAUUGCACUUAGAUAAAUGAAUCAUCUUACAAGGUCACAAAGCUUCUUAAAAUUGUUUUUAUCUCUUAAAUUACCUAAGGAGAAAAAUCGGAUCUCCUCUAGGCACUUGCAAAUUCAUAUUUGCAUAUGCAUGCAUAUCUCCAAAUACAUAAAACUGUAUAUAUUAAUUUCAUCCAGAUUUUUGUGUGUCAAUUAUAUUUCAAUAAAGCUGUUUAAAAAAUGAAAA